UUCUGUGUUUCUUUUGCUUUUCAUUGAUUAGCCAAGAUUCUAGGAUACUCAAAAGUUGCCGUGAAUAAUAUAAAUGUUUUAAAACUCAUCUUUAGGUAACGUGUAGCUAAAAAUCGAUUAAAUCUAAAACCUUUUAUGUGCUCUGCAUCAUGUACUACUCACUCUAGUUCUCGACUUAUAAAAAUCAUAAGGUUAUGUCAAAUACUGUCUUUUGCUGUGUAAAAGUAAGUAGAUUGAAUAAAGAUGGAUCCAAACAUAUAUGCGUUAGUUUUGGACACACUCAACCGAGCUACUAGUCAAGACACUGAGGUUUUGAAGCCGGCGGAGGAGAAACUUCAACAAUGGGAGAUUGAGCCUGGAUAUUAUUCUGUUUUAUUGGACAUCCUAUCGAACCACUCGAUCGACGUCAACGUGCGAUGGCUAGCCGUGAUGUGUCUGAAGAAUGGCGUAGACCGGUACUGGAGGAGGACAGCACCCAAUGCGAUCACGGAAGACGAGAAACAAAAGCUCAGACAGGGGCUGCUGACGAGCAGCAUACUGAGUGAACCGGUGAUGCAGAUUGCCACGCAGCAGGCUGUGCUCAUUGCUAAAAUCGCCAGACACGACUGCCCGCUACAUUGGCCAAAUCUGGUCCCGGAACUGAUAUCGACGUUGAAGGCGCCCCAGCCCCUGGUGCAGUACAGAUCGCUGCUGAUCUUUCACCAUGUCGUCAAAGCACUAGCCUCCAAGCGGCUGGCUGGGGACAGGCAGACUUUUCAGGAGCUAACAAACACAGUGUACGGUUUCAUACUGAAUCUAUGGCAUGGGAACACCGAGUUAUUCCUGCGUCACAUACAAGAGGGGGCCGCUACUGAUGUGAUCACUGAGCACCUUGAAAAGGCCCUGCUAUGUCUGAGAAUAUUGAGAAAGCUGACCAUGUUUGGCUUCAAAAAGGCCCAUGAGAGUCGCGAUGCUGUAGCGUUCUUGAACAUCGUUUUUGACCGGGCUAAGGCUAGCUUGGAAUGCAGAAAACUAUUAAAGGGCCGUGGAAUCUACCCCCUAGAACUAUGUGAGAAGUUCAUAAUACAUCUCACAAAAGUGGCACUUGGUGUGUUGAGCACUCAACCAUUUUCAUACGUGCCACUCAUACGUCCCUCGCUUGAGUUUGCUCUGUACUACUGUUUCACUGAGCAAGGCAUGAGCCUCAUAUACGAGAGGUUUACUAUACAGUGUCUGAAUAUUGUGAAAGGGAUUUUGCAGUGCAUGGAGUACAGUCUGCCGAAGAUAACGGAUCAGAUUAAGGAGCCAUUGGCGAUCCAAGCGCACCAGAUGAAGUCGGAAGUGCUAGACGAGAACACCGUGUGUCACAUGUGUCGCCAUCUAGUGACGAGGUAUUUCGUGCUGAGCGCCGACGAUCUAGCGCUGUGGGACGCGGAACCGGAGAGCUUCGCUACGGACGAAGCGGGGGAAUCGUGGAAGUAUAGCUUGAGGCCGUGCACCGAAGCGGUGUUCGUGGAGUUAUUCCAGUCCUACCGAGCAGCGCUCGCGCCGGAGCUGCUGCGGCUGCUGCGCGCGUUGCCCAACGCGCCGGCGCACGACCUGCCCUCCAUCCUGCACAGGGACGCCAUCUAUAACGCCGUCGGUCUUGCCGCCUCCGACUUGUAUGACGACGUAGACUUUGACGAGUGGUUCACGAACGUACUGAGCGCUGAACUGAAGAUACAAGAUGACAACUACAGAAUAAUCAGGAGGAGAGUGUGCCAACUUAUUGGUCAGUGGUGCAGCGUGCGCGCGUCGCAUUCUUUGCGACCGGCGCUGUACGCCGCCCUGUUGGAACCGUUAUCCCGCUCUAACGAGGACGCGGCGGUGAAGCUGGCGGCGGCGGAGGCGCUGCGCCACACGAUAGACGACUUCAACUUCGACGUGGAGCAGUUCACGCCGUUCGCGCCGCACGCGCUCGCCGCGCUCUAUGAUCUCCUGGUGGAGUCAGAAGAGUGCGAUACGAAAAUGCACGUACUCCACGUGGUAUCGUUCGUGGCGGAGCGGUGCGGGAGCGCGGUGGCGCGCGGGGGCGGGGCCGGCGCGCUAUUCGCGGCGCUGCCGGCGCUGUGGGCGCACGCGCACAACCACAACAUGCUGCGAGCCGCGGCGCUCGCUGCUGUUGUGCAUCUGCUGAAGGCGCUCGGCGAGUGUCCGUCGAACAUUCGUUCCUGGGUACUGGGCGUGGUCGACGAAGCGACCCGCCUCGACUCGCCCGCUCACGUCUACUUGCUAGAAGACGCUCUGGAGUUAUGGCUGGCUCUGCUUGAGGCCGCACCAGUGAUUGAUCCGCAGCUGCUGGCGUUGGCGGUGAAUUUGCCACCGAUAUUAGAGCAAUCAACCGAACACCUUAGGAUAGUCGUGUACAUAAUGCAAGCGUACUCCCUGCUGUGUCCCGAAGAGUUUUUCACCGGCGCCGGAGCGAGGUGUAUGGAGAUACUGGACGAUAUGUUAGCCGACAUGAGAAAGGAGGGUAUUAUCACUGUGCUCAAGAUGGCGGAGAUUUGUAUAAGUGUGACGUUCCCCGAGAAGAAUAUGUAUCUGGGUGUUAAAGUUAUAUGGCCGAUAUUGAUAAGGGUGAUUCGUUGGCUUCUAGACGGCGACGACCUGGGCAUGGUGGUGUCGGUGGAACUCUCUCUCAUAUCCCGCGUCAUACUAUUGUCGCCAGAUCUCUUCUACAAGGUAGUAGAGGAGGCGGCGGGCUCGCACCCGGAGUACGCGGAGCCGGCGCGCGUGCUCGGCCGGGUGCUGCACGUGUGGACCGAUAAGAUGAACCUCGUCACGCAGGUCGAGCGGUGGAAGGUGGCCGGCUUAGGACUAGCGGCGUUGUUGACUACACAAAAUGCGACGGUGCUACAGCGGUUCCCGGCCAUACUGCUCAAUCUGACAGAGGUCUUGAAUGAUAUCAUGAAAGUGGAAGAUGGUGGAGUACCUGUUGACUGGCUAGCCGCAACACCGGGGUCGCGGCCCGCAUCGCCGCUAGAGGGUCGCGGGGGCGCGGCGCGGUGGGAGGCGGGAGGGGCGGAGCCGCACACUCCCCAUGAGGCCCGACGACGCCGCCUCGCCGCCGCGCACCCGGCGCACGCGCUAGACCUGCGAGCGGUUACGCAUCACCAGUUGGAAACACUUAAAAACCAAGUUGGCGCAGAGAAUUUUCAACGAAUGCUGCAAUCGACGGACAAGGACACGCUACAACAGAUUAGAGAGUACAUACCGCUUUGAAUACUUUACUGUAUACCUAUAGUACGGUCGUGGAACACAUAGCGAGCGGGACCCUAGACGAGUAAUUUUAUUGCGCAAUAUCCCGUAUUUCGUCAUAUUAUUGACUGUCUAGUUAUACUAUUGAACAUCGCGCGCCUCCAAUCUAAUUGUGAAAAAAACUGUUCAAUAAAAUUGAAGCGUAAUAUUGAACAAUACAAUUGAUCGUCUAGGGGCCAGUUUAGAAAUUCGUAACCCGAAGAUUUCAAGCAAGAAUGUAUUGCUAUCGCGUCUACACAGGCGAUAAAGAUAAAAACAAUAUUUAUGUGAGAAUGAAGUUAUUAAAUUGUGUUAAUUUCUACGUGCUCUACGACCGGACUAUAGUGCAUAACCAAUACUCUGAUUUAUAAUAUCUACAAUAGAUAAACACAGUCAUAUUGUAAUUCGGCAAUGUCUUCUAACGUUUGAUAGUAAAAACAAAGAAUACCAAUACUAGUUGAAAUUACAGUAUUGUAAGUAAAAUUACAUAAUUUCUCUUUUUUCUUCUUGGCUAGAAAAUGGAGACAGAAAUAUUCUUGGCUGUCGUGUUACUGACUUUGGAAUAAGAUUAAAAAUCAGAGUAUAGGAAGCCAUAUUAUAACUAAAUAUUCGAUCCUAAAUUUAGAUUUCAAUAUCGAUGGAGUAUGGAUGGUAAUUUUUUAUUUUUUAUAAACGAACUAAAAGUCGACGGUUUUUAAGCGGUGUUAAUUAUAGAAGUCAUGUAAACCGACUU